CGUAAACUUCGUUCUUACUGCUGUGAUUGUUAUGAUGGAGAAAUUGAUAUUAUUGAAAAAAAACGUAUGGAAUUUGGAAAAUGUAAAGAAUGUCUUAAGAUACAUGGGGAUUCGGAUGGUUGUUCAUCCUGUAAUCCUAAACAUUUUCAAAGAGAUUUUGAUAAGUGGACCAGUAGGAAUGAGAUUAUUGAUAAGUUGAUACAAGAAAAUCAAAAUAUAGGCAGAAAAUACGGAUUAUUAGAAUGGAUUUCAUAUGAUAAAUUUAAAAAUAUUAAUUACAUUGCUAAAGGAGGUUUUGCAAAAGUAUAUUCAGCUAUAUGGUUAGAUGGGCCAAUUAAAAAGUGGAGUCAAUUGUCUAAUUAUUGGAAAAGAAAUGAAUCAACAAAAAUUGCUUUAAAAGUAUUGAAUAAUUCAAAAAAUAUAAGUGGAGAUUUUCUAAAUGAGAUAAAAUUUCUUAACGAAGUUAGUGGUUAUAUGUGUAUAAUAAAAUGUUUUGGAAUUACUCAAGAUCCUAUUACUAACAAUUAUGCGUUAGUAUUACAAUAUAUGGAAAAUGGCGAUUUACGCAAAUAUCUUAAACGAACUGCUAAUAUGAUUACAUGGGAUCAAAGACUAAAUAAAAUAUAUGAUAUCUGUCUUGCACUUAAUAAUAUUCAUGUUCACGGGUUAAUUCAUAAAGACCUUCACCCAGGAAAUAUUUUCAUUGGUUCUACAUUUGCAUAUAUUGGAGAUUUUGGAUUUUGCAUUCCAGCAAAUGAAAUUUUAUCAAAUUCUACCAAAAAGAAUAUUUAUGGAGUAAUGCCAUAUAUGGCACCUGAAAUAUUACGUGGGAAACCACAUACAUUAGCAUCUGAUGUUUAUUCAUUAGGUGUGAUCAUAAAUGAAAUAAUUACAGUAAUUCCUCCAUUCAAUAAUCAACCACAUGAUCAUUUUCUCGCACUGGAUAUUUGUCGAGGUUUACGUCCAAAUAUUAGAGAAGAAACUCCAACUUCUUUAAAAGAAUUAAUUAAAAAAUGUUGGGAUGCAAAUCCAGAAAACCGACCAACUUCUGAAGAAGUAUUUCAUACAUUAUCAUAUCAUUUAAAUGCAUACAAAAGUAUGCCAUUAAAAAGAUUAUCAUAUAAUUUUAAUGAAUCAACCAACAAUUUAUUAUUAAAAAUACAAAUAGACGAAAAACAUCCCAAGGCUAUUUAUACAGGUCGGCUUCUCAAUUUUCAAAAUUUACCGGAACCUAUUAAUUGCACAAAUCAACAAGAAUUUAUUUCUUCGAGAUAUACCAGGAGAAUACGAACAGGACAAGUUAACACCUUUCAUUCUGAUAAAUGUUCUGAUUGUAUUAUUAUGGAUAUUGAUUGAACUCGGUUUUUAUUAUGAUUAUUACAAUAAGAUUAUAGUCACAAAUAUUCAAUUGAACUGUAUAUGAUAUAAAAUUAAU